CCCCUUCUUCGCUUUCUAAAGUUAAUUCUGUACUCCUCAAUCCAAAACUUCAUCACACGAUACAUUUGCACUUUUCAUUAUAAGAUAACGAACGAGCCUUUGAAGGGGGGAGUCUUUCUUACGCCGAACGAGCAUAUGUUCAAUCAAAGAAGCUAGCAUAUCAUCCAUCCAAUCAAAGAUCACAGGAACAAAAUGAUACAGCCAGGCUUUGCGGCCAUUGGGUCAGGUAAUUCAUAUGGCUCUUCGUUUGGUAACAAUAGCCCGGGUAAUGGCGGUGGAAUGGAUGGCAAUGGAAUGGAAGGAAACGGAAUGGGAAACGGACAAAAUGGAAUGGGUGGAAUGCAUGAUAACGGUCAACAAGCAGGUCAAGCAGGAAUGCAAGGAUUACAACAACCCGAAUAUACUUUAGCAGGCAUCUUGCAUUUCUUGCAAAGCGAAUGGAGAAGAUAUGAAAGAGAUCGAAACGAAUGGGAAAUCGAAAGAGCAGAGAUGAGAGCAAGGGUGGCUUUGUUGGAAGGUGAAAGGAGAAGUAUAGAAAAUCUGAAAACAGAUUUGAUGAGACGAGUGAAAAUGUUGGAAUUCGCUUUGCGUCAAGAAAGAUCAAAGUACCUCGCUGCAGGACAAACGACAACAGGCACUGUCGGCGGUACACAAAAUGCCGGCAAUACCCUAACUGCUGUCAAUCCCAAGCAUGCAGCUUUGCAGAAUCUGGACAAAGCCUCAACCAGUAGUGGAAGAAGUUCACCGGCACCUGAAACCAUCGCACCAUCUGGUCAUGAGCCACGCGGUCAAUCGACAAUGUCAUCGAUUAACACAAACAAUUUCAAUACUUUGAACACUAUGACAUUCAAUGGCGCAACUAUUGCAGGUCCAGGCAGUACAUUGUCCGGUCAGAUGAACUUGAGCAGACAAGGCUCCAGUGCCAAAGAUCCCAAAUCGCGCGCAAAGAGUCGCGAUUAUCUCAAACAAUGCUUGCAAGAGAUCUCUUAUCUGACCAGUGCAUCAACGUUGAAUCCAUUACCCGAACGUACUCAGCCUAGCUCUAUAGCGGGUCCAGGUCAUACUCGACCUCGCAAAUCUAUGCCAGAGAAUGUUCCUUCAUCUUUCGGCCAAGGAGAAGGACAAAACAAUGCGGCUGCAAAUGCUAGAAGGCAACGCAGUCUGGACAAAAACUCGUAUCCGGGAGUGAAGAACACAGCUCGAGGCGUUCAACCUUUCGGUGAGACCUUGGAGGAGAGGGAAGAGGAAGGAUUGUCUAGCGAAUCGGGGGAGCCUUUUUUAGAGAAUAAGCCGAAUGAGGAUGUUUCUUCGGCUGAGAAAAGCGCAGGAACGACAGAAAUGGAUGCUGGUAGCGGAACUACUGCAGAAACGGAUCCUUCUUCACAAGGACAUUCAAUGGAAGCUUUGGAAGAAGGAUCUCAAAACUUUAAUGGAGACGUGCCGCGCGAUAUCGCAGACGAAGAUGACCGAGAGCCAGUCACAGCGAUCUAUAGACCUUCAGAUGGGAAUUCUGGCGAAGGGCAAAAUGAUUGGGCGAAAUUGAAAGAAGUUGGACGUAUUGAAAGAGAGAAAAGAGAUCGCGAAAGACUGGGAGGCGCCAAAGGAACAAUCAAAGCCGGUACAAACAAGGCAGAUGAAGACGAAUUGGCAAAUCUGACAUUCGGACACCCUUCUGAUGGGACUGAAGAAGAAGCUUCGCGUUUAGCUGCCGAAGCAGCAGCCGAAAGUCAAAUGUGGAAGUCGAAGAAAGUUCUUCGAGGUCACUUGGACAGCGUUCGGGCUGUCGUUUUCGAUGCUUCAGAUAUUGGCUUGUACUCUGCAUCCGAUGAUGGCACGAUCAAGUAUUGGCGUGUUGAUUCGAGUGGUCUCAAGCAGAACAAGCCCAAUCCAAAUGGUGCUUUGGGUACUGCUGACAUCGAUCCGGUUGCUACUUUGCGCAGCCAUUCAGGUGCAGUCACUAGUCUAGCUUUGUCGAACAGCAAGCGAAAGUUGUACAGCGGUAGUGUGGAUGCAAGUAUUGUGGUCUGGAAACUGCUCGACAGCAAUACUGUGGAGCCUUACCCUCCUUUCGAUAAGACUUCGGAGAUUGGUAGAUUAGUCGGACAUACACAACCUAUUUGGGAUCUAGCAAUCUUACCGACAAGAGGAGACGAGGAGGGUCUCUUGGCCAGUGCAUCGGCUGACGGAACAGUAAAGAUUUGGAACAUACAGGAUAACUCUACUGAGAGCGGCAACGCAGGUGGAAAGCUUCUGAACAGCUUUGACUACUUUGGCUCUGAGCCCACAGCAGAGAAGGAAAAGGAACGUGAAGCGUUGCUAUCAUCUCCUGCAGAAGGAAAAGAAGCAGGUUCCUUGCCUGUGCCAACCAGUAUUGCUCCUUGUAUGAGCGAUUUACGCAAAUGUGCUGUCAGUUUCAGCAAUUCGAUCGUGAAGCUGUUCGAGAUUGACAGUGGAAAAGAGGUUAUGCAAUUCGCCAGUGAUGCUCAUUACGAUGGAACAGCAACAUCUCAGAUCAACAAAGUGCUCACUCAUCCAACGCUUCCCACACUGAUCACUGGACACGAGAACAAUUAUAUUCAAUUCUUUGAUAUCAAUACGGGAGCAUGUACAUUGUCCAUGGUUGCGCAUUUGGACAGCGUAACUUCUCUCGAUAUCGAUCCAAGCGGUUUAACAUUGGUAUCUGGUGGACAUGAUUGUUCGGUACGCUUUUGGGAUUUAGCAAACGAAGGAAAUACGGCUGUUUGUGUUCAAGAGAUUACUGCACAUCGUAAAAAGAGCGCAGAAGGUGUUUUGAUUGUUAGAUAUCAUCCUAAUGCACCUUACUUUUCUUCAGCUGGAGCGGAUGGAGUGAUUCGCAUUUAUGGUUGAUUGGACAAAGAACAAUUGCUUGAUUUACUGUUUUGACUAUCAUCUUAUCAUCAUCUUCAUAUACUCUCUCUCAUAUCAACAACUACAACAACAUCAUCACCAUCAUAAAGACUGUGCAUCUUCCCUAUCCUAGGAGCCUUUUUUUCUUCAAAAAUUUAUUUGCAUCAAUAUUCAUGCUUGUGAUAGU